CAUAAUAUAUUGAAUACUCAGACACGUGCGUGACCACUUGUGCGACCACUGGCGCGUUCAGAUUGACUUAUCUUUAGCUGAUAUUAUUGUGUCCGGAAUUGCGCAAUACCUGCACGGUUGGAAUGCAGGUAACAGACGCAGUCUAAACGUGGUGCCUACAUAUUAUCAAGAAACAAUAAAAGUGAACAGUCUAUCAAAUACUAAUAAUAAAACAUGAAGAAGUUUAGAGUCAUCUCGACUGCAGCGUGCACACUGGUACUCGUCAGUCAGUUGCACUUUACGUGCUCCGACAUCCACCGAGCACCACUAACUGCAGCGACUCCUGCACGGUUCUCGACGCCUAGAUUGACCAGGCCGACCAGCCACUCAACAGGUAUUGCGAUUAGGUUCCCGACACAGCAGACGAAAGCUUACGCCACAGCGUUAGCCGAUCUCCUGAGGACCAUCGUGUCAUCCAACGAGUUUCGGGAAGGUUCGACCGCCCUGCAGCAUUUACUGGCCGUUCUGCGCCCUCUCUUCCGGGCCGUCGGAAUUGUUCCACCGGUGCCUCAGAAAAUCGAAGACGACACAACUACGACCACGACCACGACCACGACGACGACGACAGCUCCGACGACCACGUCCUCCCCCCAGACGGUCACAUGUCCGCCGACUGACAAGGGAUCGUCCAGAAAAAAGCUGAUGGCCCUGUUCGUCCCGAUGUCAGCCGUCGCGUCAUCAUCGCCGACCGCAUCGCCACCGUCGACCGGCACGCUACCAAAACUGUUCCAAAAGGCAGAUUCGUAUAUUGCGAAUCGAUAAAAAAAAAAAACAAUAAUAGUCUUCUUAUUCGAAUAAUUAUUGUAUAUUAUCAUAAUAUUAUACUGUUUUAUUUAUACAAUACAUACAAACGAAUACCGAA